GAUUUCAGCCUGUCAAACUUCAACUAUCGAUUAGGUUAUGGUAAAUUUCAAAUAUUUAGAAUUAAUAUAUUUUAUUUGUUUUUGUAUAAAAGGGAGUUUUGUUACUUAAUUAAUAUAUCAGUUGGUAUAGGAAAACUUUUAAAUAUCGUAAUUAUUCAUUAUUUCUAACGAAAUUAUUUUUUUUUCGUUAAAUCUUGUAUCGGCAUGGCACAAUUAAUAGAAAACAUUUUGAAAUACAUCUCCGAUAAUGGGGAAGUAAAUUCUUUAAAAUUAUCUAAUGUUUUUAACGAAGAUCACCAAAAAAUCAUAGGAGCUAUUAAAAGUAUACAAGCUCAUGGAGAUUUGAUUUCAGCAGAAGUAGUUACUGAUAAGAAAAUUGAAUUAACAGAAGAAGGAAAUUUUAUUUCUUCAAAUGGUAGUUAUGAAGCUUAUAUUUAUAAUGCAAUUGCUGAAAAUGGUACACCACAAGUAGAAAUAAUGAAAUUACCUAAUGCUAAGAUAGGUUUUAGUAAAGCUAUGUCUGCGGGUUGGAUAGCAGUAGAUAAAACUGUAAACCCUCCGUUGGUUAAGAAAAAAGUACCGUUAAUUGAAGAUAUUGUAAGGGAACACCUAAAACAAGUCACUAAAGGUGAUUUAUCAAAAAUAUCAGAUAAAGAGAAGCAGGAAUAUAAAAAAAGAAAAUUAAUCCAAGAGGUGAUUGUGAAGAGCUAUAAUUUGAAGAAAGGACCCGAAUUUAGUCUCACUUUAACAAAAUUAGAAACUGAUUUAACCGCCGAAAUGAUCAAUUUCGGUUCAUGGAAAAAUCUUAAGUUCAAAGAGUACAAUUUCGAUGCAUUAGGUGCCCAAUUGGAAUGUGGUUAUCUUCAUCCUCUAUUGAAAGUUAGAUCGGAAUUCAGACAGAUAUUCUUAGAAAUGGGAUUUUCAGAAAUGCCUACAAACAAUUAUAUUGAAAAUUCUUUUUGGAACUUCGAUGCUUUAUUCCAACCCCAACAGCAUCCUGCUCGGGAUGCACAUGAUACUUUUUUCAUUUCAGACCCACAGAUUAGUACCAAGUUUCCACAAGAUUACUUAGAACGAGUCAAAAAGGUUCACAGCAAGGGCGGUUACGGUUCCAAAGGCUAUGGGUACGAUUGGAAAAUCGAAGAAGCUCAAAAGAAUUUGUUAAGGACUCACACGACUGCUGUUAGCGCUAGGAUGUUGUACAAAGUAGCCCAGCAGAAAGAGUUCAAACCGAUCAAAUUAUUCAGCAUAGAUAAAGUUUUUAGAAACGAAACUUUAGACGCUACUCAUUUAGCGGAAUUUCAUCAAGUAGAAGGCGUUAUUGCUGAUUACAAUCUCACACUUGGUGAUCUGAUUGGGGUUUUCGCGGAAUUUUUCAAAAAAUUAGGUAUAGACCAACUAGAAUUCAAACCGGCGUAUAAUCCCUACACCGAACCGAGCAUGGAAAUAUUCUGUUUCCAUCCCGGUUUAGGGAAAUGGAUAGAAACCGGCAAUUCAGGUGUUUUUAGACCGGAAAUGUUAUUACCAAUGGGUUUACCCGAAGAUGUAUGUGUAAUAGCAUGGGGAUUAUCCUUAGAGAGACCUACUAUGAUAAAGUACGGUUUUAAUAACAUAAGAGAUUUGGUUGGACCUAAAGUCGAUUUGGAAAUGGUUCAAAAAAGUCCCAUUUGUAGGUUGAACAGAUAGAAUGAAAUCUACAGGAACGUUAAAUAUAUUGUAACUUUAUAUGGACAUAAAGAGGUGUUUCUAAA